ACAUGGCGAGUUCAGCUUAGUUCUCAUCAGCCUACCAAACAGGGGGAAAGGCAUCCUGGAAAUAAAAUAAAACAACUGAAAGUUUUUGGAAAAUGUAGUCAUGGCCUGGAGAGAGUUUGGAGCGCGUGCUGAGAAGAAUUCCGCGUGCAGUUUGAGUGAAAAAGCCGGAGAGGAUGAGGAGGCUGGAGUCAGCGGCGGGAGGGAAGCACAGUCCACAUCAUCCACUGACUCCGAGUGUUCAGACGAGCUUGAGCCUGAGUGGCUGGAUGACGUUCAGAAGAAUGGGGAGCUCUUCUAUCUGGAGCUGAGUGAGGGCGAAGAAGAAGCUGCACUCUCUCACAUCACUGCCACUCAAUCUGCUGCCACCAAUCAUGUGCGUUUCAGUGAAAAAGAGGCCGAGAUAAUCACUGACAAAGGCAGUAAAAAACGUGCAGACUCCAGCACAAAAUCGCAACCGAAAUUCAAGAAGCUUGCUAAAAUCCUUGGACGCAAACGACGUCCAUCUCAAAGAAGCAGGGCUGAUGGGAAAAACGGCAGAGCUUCUCAACAACCGGCGUCCAUUUUGAAGAACCAGACAGGGCAGCGGACAGGAUUGGUGGUGCAGCAGCCGUAUUUGAAAGAUGUGUGUGUUUACAUCAAUCCUAAACGCCUGGGCAGUAUGUCUCCUCCUCCUUCAGAGAAAGGAGGCUUGCUGGAGGCCUUAUUGGGAGUGGUGCUCCGGGGAGGAGAUGGUUUGGGCUGUAAUGGGGAGAGACUUGUCAUUCAUGGACUGGUACCUCAUAGUCCUGCUAGCAAGUGUGCACAGAUUUUAAUUGGUGACGUCCUAGUAGCUGUUGACGAUGUGGAUGUUACAUCAGAGAAUAUUGAGAGAGUUCUGUCUUGUAUUUCUGGACCAACACAGGUGCAUUUGACUCUGGAGACUGGCAUUGCAGGCACUGUAAUGGACUCGGAGGUGCCGAGACCGAGACCCGCUGCUCCGGUCAGCCAGCUGGUGCGUCUCCUCUGGGGUGAAGACACCACAGAGCUGCAGAUGAGUGUAGCACAUAUUCCUCACAUCGUCAUGUACCUGUCGCUCAAACUUGACUCCGAGUCGUCUCAGGAGGAGCAGGAGAUCUUGUACCAGUACCCAGUGUCUGAGGCAGCAGCACAGUUGAAGGGAGUGAGAGGAAUCUUCCUCACGCUGUGUGACAUGCUGGAGAAUGUCACUGGAGGACAGAUAGUCAGUUCCUCUCUGUUGAUCAGAAAGCAGUUGGUCCAUGUGGGUUAUUGGAAGGAAGGAGAGAAUCUGCUGGUGAUUGGUCUGCCUGCUGACAGGGUGCCAUUGCUACAUCUGCAGACUGUUAUAAAUGGAUUGGUGCGAACUCUCAGGGUCAUGUACGGCUCUCUGUACUGUGCCUUCUGUGAGGUAGAGAAUGCUCCUCGUCUGGAUCAUUUCUUCUGCCUGUUCUUCCAGAGACUCAUCCAACCCUCUCGGUUGAGUGACAGCCCCGGCUCCUCCCCCUCCAACAUAUCUGGGACCCUCUUCUUAGAUGAUUUACCUGCCAUGUGCUGGCUCACUUUACCACCAGACAUUAAGGUCGAAGUGGACACUACUCUGUCAGACUUUGAGGCCUCAGACUUUGGUGACAUGUCAGAAGACUUCUAUGGCAUGAGGCGUCUGUAUGUUAUUUUAGGGUCCUGUCUCUUCUACAAGGGUUAUCUGAUAGCGAACCACCUGCCUAAAGAGGACCUGCUGGACGUGUGUCUGUACUGCCAGCACUACUGUCUGCUGUGUCUAGGAGCAGAGCAGCGUGUGGGGCAGCUGGUGGUGUGGAGGGAGGUGUUCCUGCAGCAGCGCUCACAAACCGACUCCCACACCUCCACCUCCACCUUCACCUCCCGUCCGGGCUACUGCGAGUCGCACAGCCGCUUCUUUCUCCUUAUCGUGGGUCUGAGACAUUUUCUACAGUGUGUGUUACUGGAAGCUGGUGGUUGUGCAUCUCUUGCUCUCGGCUCUCCUGGUCCUGACUGCAUCUACGUCGACCAGGUCAAAGCGACUCUCCUGCAGCUCGAGAGUGUCGAGUCUGCUAUUGAAGAACGCCUCUCAGCUCCUUCUACUCCUUGCCUGUCCUGUGCCGAUUGGUUCCUGCCCUCUAGUGGGCGGGACCGCCAGGACGUGCUCGGCAGCUCACCCAUCCUAAACCGGCUGACGGCAGCCAUCAAGCCACCGUCACCUGGUACAAUUGGUCGAAGCCUGUUCAAAGAGGCGGGGUCAGGGCUGAAGGGCAGGAAGCCGAGCCCACAGAGGAGUGUGUCGGACAGUGGGAGUGAGGGCCGAAGCGAGCAGGGUGACUUUGGGCUGAGGACGCCAUCUGCUGUUACUCGCAGGGACUCACUCGGGUCUGGGGGAUCAGACGGCAGCAGUGGCAGUGGAGGACUGUUUAAGAUUCCCAAACUUAAGCAGCCCAAUCCAUUUUAUCUGGGUUCUCUGAAGAAGAGCCUGAAUGAGAGAGAGGCUGAGGAGAUGCAGAACACUCUUAAGCUCACAGCAGGUUUGGAAAACACACUCUUUCACUAUAUUCUGAUGGAGACAGUGCAGGGCAUCUUCAUCACGCCUACACACCGAGAGGUAUCGCAGCUCAGCGGCUCUAUCCACCCUCAACUCAUCCGCAAUUUCCACCACUGCUGCCUGUCCAUCCGCCACGCCUUUCAGCAGAGCCUGCCACCACGACAGGAGAGAAGAAGUGCUGACAGGCCACAUACUUCUCGAGGCCUCGGCCCAGUUAAAGAACAUGGCAUUUUGUUCCAGUGCAAACCUGAGAACUGGACCGACCAAAAGAAACCUGCUCCUACAAUGACCUACUGGGUUAUCGGGCGGAUGGUGCUAGAACCCGUCCCUCAGGAGUUCUAUGUGUGUUUCCACGAUUCGGUGCCAGAGGUGCCUGUGGAGAUGGCCUUCAGGCUCUCAUUUGGCCUGGCCAUCUGAUGUUUAUUCAGGUUUCCUUUGUCACAUUACAUAUUAAAACCCUGCAUAGCUCUUCAUGAGGAAAAGACACACCAAGGCGGAACGAUGGAUUAAAUAAAGGGCUGAAUUCAAGGUCCUUUAUUUUUAUAUUAUAAUAUUUCUGGGUUCACAAACAGACCUGUGUAGUCCAGCAACUGAGUGUUGUUAAAAUUGCAGGAUUUUGGGAGACGGUCAUCUGAAAAUCUCAACGUUUAUACCUCAGAUUGUGCUGCAUUUUUUUAAAAAGAGGAAUAACACUAACAGGCUUCAGGACUUUAGUGCAAGAGCCUGUAUUUCCACUAUAGAGAAGUGUAAAGCAUUGACUGACUGGUGUGUGAGAAAGCUGUCAUGUUUAGCAGGUGUAAAAUUGGCUGUUUAUCACCUCUAAACAUUAUAUAACUACAGGAAUCGCUGUUGAAGCAUUGUAACUGAAAGCUGUAGUUUUGCACGUGGCAAGUUUUCUCACAACCUUGCAGCUAUGGAUGUUUUCAAAUCAUACUGGACCAAAUACAACCUUAUGACUUGCCAAAUAGUUGUACAUGCUGCUGGUGUAGUAAGAGCCUGACAUUACAUUGAACAACUUCAGGGUUUUUUUUUAAAAACGUGGUAAGAAAUGUUUAUUUAAGAUGUAGCUAUGGAAGCUUGUUUCAGCCACGAGAAACUAUUACACAGCUUGUUUCGAUCUUGCAAGCAAAUAUCACGCAAAUCUGACAUUAUCUCAUACUAUUAUUUUCACUCAACAGCAGGGUAAUCUCUCACAAUUGCAGAUUAGGGCACAAAGUCACACUAUCUCACAAAAUGAAUUAAUUAUUCAUUACUUAAGUAACUGUGCGAUAUUAAUUUGCGAUUACGAGAAAAAUCUGCUUAAUAUUUUCUCGCCGUAAACCAGCUUCCAUAUGAGUUUUGUAUUAAAAGUCUGCACCACAAAUGUGUGAAAUAAAUACAACCACAUUUGCGA